ACUCCCCCACUGCCCACUACUACAACUGAUCCCAACAUCUCCUAAAUAAUUAGUUGAUGUUCGAUGGCUUUUGUGUUGCAUUAUUCACUCUUCACGUACUUAGCUUUACUUACUACUCUUCUCUCUAACUUGUGCUGCUAUUCCUUCAAUCCCAAACUCCUAAAUGUGUCAAAACUUGAGUCCGGAUCCGACUGGUCGCCCGCCCAAGCCAGUUGGUAUGGCAAUCCUUCUGGUGCUGGAAGUGAUGGGGGUGCAUGUGGAUAUGGAAAUGCUGUGGAGGCGGCACCAUUUUCUUCCCUGAUAACAGCUGCUGCUGCUUCUCUUUACAACUCCGGCAAGGCUUGUGGAACUUGUUUUCAGGUGAAAUGUACAAGUAGUAAGGUAUGCUCGGGGAAUCCGGUGAGGGUGGUGAUAACGGAUGAAUGUCCUGGCUGCGACUCUCAAUCUCUUUUAUUCGAUUUGAGUGGCACUUCCUUUGGAACAAUGGCUGCUUCUGGAGAAGCUGAUCAGCUUAGGAAUGUCGGAAUUGAGCAAAUUCAAUAUAAGAGAGUGGAGUGCAACUUUCCGGGAGUGUCAGUGGCGUUCCGGGUGGACCCUGGUUCCAACGCCAACUAUUUCGCGACUGCCGUUGAAUACGAAGAUGGGGAUGGGCUGGCGGGAGUUGAGCUCAAACAGGCGGCGGACUCGGGCGGCGCGUGGCUGCCCAUGCAACAGUCGUGGGGUGCUGUUUGGAAGGUGGAUCUGCCAUCAAAUUACAAGCCUCCGUUCUCUAUCAGACUAACUGCUGGCGGCAGUAAUUCCCGCAAGACAGUGGUCGCUGACAAAGUUAUACCUGCCAAUUACAACCCCGGACAGACUUAUAGAUCCUUAGUCAACUUUUGAGUGCUACUGCUAAUAGGCUGCCUUCACUUAUUCCUUGUCUGGGUCUCUCCAACGGUUGAGAUCUUCCCUCUUCUAGAGGAGGACAAACUCUUGUUUCUUUCUUUGUAUUUUCUUAGUAAGAGCUUUAAUUUAUUUCGCUCGGAAAAUAAUAAUAAAAGAAAUAAGUUAUGUAUUA